AGAACAAGUACCUGUUCUCGUCCACUCCCGAAGACCACAAGGUCACGAUACCAUUGAUAGCCAUGGAGGACUCCCCGGAAAACACCUGCCGACUGGCCACGGCCUUCAAUUGCCUCCGCGACGUGGGAAGACAAGCAAUGCGCCCGAAGAAGGUCGCGCUUCCCACAUAUUCGACCCUCUCGGAGACCAGCCUCGAGAGGAGAGAGCUGUCUCUAUCUACCACUUCCGAUAAGAAGGCCGAGACUUUCCUCUACCUCGCCUACGGAUCCAAUCUCUGCAAUGAAACUUUUAGAGGCAAGCGUGGAAUCAAGCCGAUAUCACAAAUCAACGUUCAAAUACCAGAGUUGCGCUUGACUUUCGAUCUGCCCGGCAUAGCCUACUCGGAGCCAUGCUUUGCCAACACGGCUCGUCGAGACCCUGAAACAGACGUCCCUCGAAACAAUGCCACCUCGGAGAAAAGGGAUUCCUCUGGAGCGACCGACUACCACAAGAACAGAUGGCACAAAGGCUUGAUUGGUGUAGUCUACGAAGUCACCGCUGCUGACUAUGCCCACAUCAUUGCUACCGAAGGAGGUGGCGCUUCGUACCAAGACAUCUUGGUCGAUUGCUAUCCUUUCGAACAUUCCGACCCGACUAAGCCCGUACCCGUGCAUCCCAUGACGAAGCCAUUCAAGGCCCACACUUUGUUCGCUCCUGCUGUAACACCAGGCGCUCAACCUCCCAAAGAGGGUGGAAGGCUUCAGCGUCCGGACACCUCGUAUGCCCAAGCUUCGGCCCGCUACCUGAAGCUCAUCACUGAUGGAGCUGCCGAGUGUCGUCUGCCUUACGAAUACCAAGAUUAUCUGAACGACAUUCGACCAUACACCAUUACCUCAAACAAGCAACAGCUUGGCCAAUUCGUCUUCCUUACUCUGUGGUUGCCCUUCAUCGUGUUAAUCUUCAGCUUGAAUGCCAAGUUUUGCGAUGAAGGGGGCCGAUCACCACCUUGGCUACGCAUUCUGUCCGAGUCCAUCUUCAGAGCCUGCUGGAGGACCUAUGAUGGCUUCUAUAAACCUCUCUUCGGCGAUGGAGAGCGGACGACGCCUGCAGAUGACCAAGACGAUGACUGCCAACCCACACCAUUCCAGGAUUUGCCCCAGCGACUUGAGAGUGGUCUACCAAUAGAUUGGGAAAAGACUCCUACAGUGGCAUAGAUAUCACGGCUUAUCGCCUUCAUAGUCACUCUAUCUAUUCCAUGUCAAUCUCGACAAAGAAGUUUCAUCGUUGAAGAUCAAGUUCCUCAUGAACAAAGCGCACAGGCGACGUUCAUACAAAGAAUAAUUCGGCCCAC